GUCUGUGUCAGACGGAGAGCCCACUGUUCUGGCCAGAGCAUGCCCACCCAGGCUCUGCUGCCCAUCCUGCUUCUCUGUGUUCUGCUGCUGCAGGCCCAGGGAGGGCACCGUAAUAGGAACAAGAUGCAGAGUGUCAAGGCCUGUCAGAAGCGGCCCAGUGUACAACUUUGCAACAACCACUGUUCAUAUUUCCUAAAGUGUCCCGAUUCAGAUACCAUAUGCUGUUCAACCUUCUGCGGGAACGUUUGCAUGAAUCGCCUGUGAGUGGGUCUGUGUAUUCUGUUCCCCUAACCCUCUAAAAAUGUGCCUGCGACCUUAAAUCCUGGGCACAUGGCUGUCAACCCCCUCACUAUCUGGAUGGCUUGUUUCUGUCAA